AUGGCAACAUAUACUAGUUCAGAUGUAUAUGACAAGUUGGUACUUAGUUAUGUCUGGAUAAGAAUCAUUUUCCUUGCUUUUAUUCCUCUCUUUGCAGUGCCGCAAUUUAUAUAUCUCUGCAAACGAUUAAAACGACGUCGUAUGCGUGUGGUUGGCACUGAAAGAUAUGUCUCUAGUUUGAAAUAUGGUCCUAAAUUUAUUACCUAUCUUACACUUAUUAUAUUUCCAUUAUUUAGAAUAGCUGAUCAAGUAUGUUUAUUGUACGCAAUACCUAGAUCAGGUGUUGGUUCAAAAGCAUGGAUCUUUGCAGUUGUUAGCACGUACUUUCUGGUCAUAGGAUGGAUAUUCAUCGGUUGUUACUGGGUUCAGGUGAUCUACACCUUUUUCAUCUCAACGUCGAUCAUUCUCAAGAAUUCAAAGAGAGCUUGGGUCACAUCAUGGAUCUUUGCUGCCGUGUUUGGAGCCUGGAUGCUCUUUAUCUUGAUCUAUGGUAUCAUCAGGCAAUCGGCUGCCACCAGUCUCUACGCCUAUGGGUUCUUCUCGUUCCUCAUCAUCCUCGGUAUCAUCAUCGUGGUCCACGGCCUAAUUCUAGUCCGUUUCCUUAAAAAACAAGAAAAUCAUUCAAUUGAAUAUGAAAAUACGAUUAAUAAGACAUUAAAAUUAUCAAUUACAUUAUUGGUAUUUAUUUUAGUAAUUAUUUUUAGAGAUAUUAUAUGGAUGGCAUUGGGUUUAUCGAGAACAUCUGAUUAUCGUUAUAUUACAUACCUGAUAGUUGGUAUUUGUGAGAUUGUGCAAGCGGUGAUUGUCAUGACGGCACUCAGCAAUUCACAACUCUGGAAGGUAUUUACAUUCCAAGAGACCGACAAUUCUAUGCGAAGUUCAAAUGUCGUCGAAGAUGCUGGUUCGGUCAUGGACCAACCUCGUAUUGCCAACCACGUCUACCAUAUCAAGGGUCUCUCUACCAGCGUCGAAGAAGCCACACGUGCCGAAACUGGUGUCGAGUUUGAUACAUUCAUGACCCGUGAAGAAGAGAGUAGUAGUGGUCUAACAGACACUGCCCCAUUAGACAAUGCUUCAACACCAUCAACUGCACAUCAAGAUUCUACUCAACAAAUUAUUUUAUAA